AUGAUGAUUGAGCUGCAAAGCACGGAUGAUGGUGGAGGUGGAGGUGGAUGUGGCCACGUGGACACGCUGGGCUCAGAGGAGCUGGAGUGUAAGAUCUGCUACUGUGCCUACAACCUGGGGAGUCGCAGGCCGAAGGUGCUCGAGUGCUGCCACCGUCUGUGCGCCAAAUGCCUCACUAAGAUCCUGGACCUGGGUGAGUCGCCUCCCAAUGCUGUGGUGUGCCCAUUCUGCCGCUACGUUACCAGACUGCCAGGGGAGGCAGUGAGCAGCCUGCCUGAUGACUGCAACCUAGUGGCGGCGCUGGCCCUUCAAAACAGGAAUCAGAGGAACCUCCACUUCCACCAGGAGGCGGCCACUGAGCUGCUCCUCAACCCCAGGAGCCUGAGCUCGCUGAUGAACCCACCUGUGACAUCUCUUUCUUCCUCUUCCUCCUCUGCCUCUUCCUCUACUACCUACUCUUCCAUCCGGGGCUCUCCUAACUUUGUGGUCAUUACCAUCAUGGAGCCUCCACCAGGCUCCAUGAUGGUAACCACUGAAGACCACAACCAGGGCUACCGCUCAUCCAGUCUGGACUCCAUGGCGUCCAUCACGCAGAGGUGGACGGUGUGGAACUGUGCGGCCCUUCUGUGCCAGACCUCAGCCCGGGUGCUGGUGUGGGUCCUGGGGCUGCUGUACUUCAGCUCGCUGCCCUUGGGAGUGUACCUGCUCAUCAUGCAGAGGACAACGCUCGGGGUGCUGCUGGUGAGCCUGGUUCCUGCCAGCCUGGUCAUGAUCAUGGUUUACGGGUUCUGCCAAUGUAUCUGCCAUGAGUUAUGGGACUGCAUGCCACCAUAA